AUGCUUGCGAAAUCACUUCACCUCACUUUACCCGCCAGCUUCACUGCACGUCCCAAGAAUUUGUAUCCCAGCAAGAGCGACGACGACGACGACGACGACGACGACAACGACGCAACAACGACGACGAAGACAAACAGGCUUGACGGCACCCAGAGUAGUCUUCAAGCCGCCCUCCAAUUGCAGGGUUGUGUCCUCUCUUCAUCUGCUCCGUUGGGCCACCAUCCACUCGAAACGGUCCGCGCAUCCGUCCAGAAUCACGAGCGAGCUUUCGACCUCCAGCAGCUCAGCAUCCACGUCGACCUCCAGCGCCCGGAUGCAGAAGAGCGUUCUCAUAAUCGUACACGACACCUACCGAUAUCCACGCAAACUACCUGGAGCGGAACGGCACCUUGCCUGACGGUCGGCGAUCGACGAUCGACGAUAAACGAGAGCACAAACCACCCCCCUUCCUUCAUACUGUUGCACGCGCCAUCGCCUCCAACGUCCAUCGAGCUGCUUUCACCCAGCCACGGGCCGGACCUCCACGCCCUCGCCCUGCGCUGGCCCGCCUGCUUUGAUGCCUUGAAGGUCAUGCCGUCGCGAACACUGCCUCAAGCAACGACGACUUCGGCUCCUGCGCUUGCGCUUCGCCCGGCACCGCCUACUGCGACACCGCUCGUUUCCACCACCGCGAUCACGCUGCCGUUGCCCCUGCCCCUGUCCCUGCCGGCCCCUGCCGCGAACAUGCCGUCUCCCGCCAGCUCCAUCUCGAGGAGCGAGGCGUCGGCUCUGAUGCGGCAGGUGCAGGGCAACCAGCUGUUCAACCGCCAGCUGUCCUCGGUCUGCCAGGUAAACGGACUGAAGAGCACCGGCGUCAAGGCCGAGCUCCAGCGCCGCAUACAGGAUCUCAUUCAAGAAACCGUCAACGCCAACGACGUAUCUCGCUUCCAUCAGGUCCGUCAAAGCAUCAUCAAUGCUGUCGCUCAGCGACCGAGCUCCUCGUCCAGGGGCUCCGCUGCCUAUAGUGGCAACUCGGCCUCAACUCACGCCUCCUUGUCAGCCCCGUUUGCGGCCCCCAUGGCCUCGUACAACUCGGGAAAUGCGUACCAGCAACGAGGCUACCAUGCGAGUGCCAACUCGGCCAACGGCGCCGUGCCCGGUGCCACCUACAAUGCGCUCGCGCCGACUCUAUCUUUUCGGUCAAGCCCAUUCUAUCAGAUCGAGACCCAGAUCAGCGCGAUGCGAAUUUGCGAAGUCAUGUCGCAGCACAGAAGCUCCGUCACGAUACCCGUCAAGCUCAGCGACAGCCCAUUGCUGCAGCGCUGCGUAGACGACAAGUCAUACAAGGUCAUGAUCUUCUGCGCCAGCGAUCCGAACGGCGUUCAGGACGUCGCCUUCCCCCACCAGUCGGAGCUGAGGGUGAACGGCGGCGAGGUCAAGGCAAACCUGCGUGGCCUGAAGAACAAGCCGGGGUCGACGAGACCGGUUGAAAUCACCGACAGGCUCCGCCUGCGUCCCAGCUAUGUGAACAACGUCGAAUUCACCUACGCACUGACGCAAAAGAAAUUCUACAUCGCUGCCUAUCUCUGCAAGACGAGCUCGGUGACCGAGUUGGUGUCGACCGUCUCUACGCGACGUCGUAUUCCAAAAGCGUCCGUCGUGGCGGAGCUGAACAAAAAGGCACAGGAUCCUGAUGUUGUCGCGACGUCGCAGGUGCUGUCGCUGAAAUGCCCUCUGUCCUACAUGCGGCUGGACAUACCUUGUCGUAGCCUGAGCUGCACACACAUCCAGUGUUUCGACGCAACGUCAUACCUCCAGCUUCAAGAACAAGGGCCGCAGUGGAUAUGCCCAAUAUGCAGCAAGUCGGCGCCGUUCGACCAGCUUGCUGUGGAUGAGUAUGUGAAGGACAUACUCGACAACACUCCCAGUGGCCUGGAGGCCGUGACUAUCGAGCCAAACGGGAGGUGGUCCCAGAAUACGGCCCAGGAUGACCACACGGGCGGAAGGAACGGUUCGUCGUUGGACGACGAUGACCUCGUCGAGCUCGAGACCGCCACCGGGACCGGGUGGCGGGGUGAGACGCCCAAGCAGGCUACGACGCCCGGUGUCGGCACGCCAGCGUCGGGAGGCAGAGGGGAUUCCACAGGUGCGCCGCGAGGCAUUGCCUCGACAAGCGUCAAGCGGCCUGCACCUGCCGUCAUUGAUCUCACGGGAGACUCGGACGACGAUGAGCCCAUCCAACGACCGCGGAAAAGACAGGGCACGGCGGCCAAUGGCGUCCGCGAUGACAGCAGCUUGGGCUUCCUGAGCCAAUCCCCGACUGGCUACCGGGACCUUUAG